GGCACAUUAUGACUUGGAGUUCGAGCAGCUAGACAUGAAGACAACUUUCCUACAUUGAGAGUUGGAGGAAGAAAUUUACAUGACUCAACCAGAAGGAUUCGAGGUUCCGGGAAAAGAAGACUAUGUUUGUAAGCUGAAGAAGUCCUUGUAUGGACUUAAGCAAUCUCUGAGACAGUGGUACAAGAGAUUUGACAGUUACAUGCUUGAGCUGGGCUACAGCAGAAGUCCAUAUGAUUGUUGUGUGUAUCACAACAAGGUGGAUGAUGGUUCGAUGAUCUAUCUUGUUCUGUAUGUGAAUGAUAUGCUCAUAGCUGCGAGGUCAAAGUCUGAUAUCCAGAAGUUAAAGGGGCUUCUCAGUGCUGAGUUUGAGAUGAAGGAUUUGGGAGCUGCUCAGAAGAUCUUGGGUAUGGAGAUUUACAGGGACAUGUCGAAGAAGAAGCUUUUCUUGUCACAGAAGAGCUACAUCCAGAAGAUACUGUCGAGGUUUGGCAUGUCUUCAACAAAGCCCUUAAAUACUCCCAGUGCUUCAAAUGUUCAUCUAUCCUCGGCUUAUGCACCGCAGUCAGAGGCUGAGAAGGAGUACAUGUCGAGAGUCCCAUAUGCUAGUGCAGUAGGUAGCUUGAUGUACGCUAUGGUAUGCACUAGACCUGAUCUUGCACAUGGUGUUAGUGUUGUCAGCAGGUUUAUGAUACAACCUGGGAAGGAGCAUUGGCAGGCUGUGAAGAGGAUCUUCCGGUACCUUAAGGGUACACCUGAUGUGGGGAUUAGCUUCGGAAGUGAUACAGAGUGCUUGGUGUCUGGGUAUUCUGACUCGGACUAUGCUGGAGAUGUUGACACGAGGAGAUCGAUGACCGGUUAUGUAUUCACUCUUGGGAGUUCUGUAGUGAGAUGGAAGGCAGCUCUGCAGCCGGCGGUGACAUUGUCUACUACUGAGGCAGAGUAUAUGGCGUUGACAGAAGCAGCUAAGGAGGGAAUAUGGUUGAAGGGACUGGUUGGUGAUCUUGGUCUACAUCGUGAUCAGGCAGUGGUGUAUUGCGACAAUUUGAGUGCAAUAUGCUUGGCCAAGGAUCAAGUCCACCAUGAGAGGACUAAGCACAUCGACAUGAGGUAUCAUUUCUUGAGGACAGAGAAGAGGAUUAAGGUGAAGAAGGUUGGCACCGCGGAUAAUCCUGCUGAUAUGUUCACGAAGCCAGUUCCACAUGGCAAGUUCCAACACUGCUUGGACUUGCUGAAUGUCUUGAGUGGGUGACUCCGCCCUGCGGGGCAUUGAUGGCGGGAGAGAGAUAGAAGGAGCAGAGUACAUCAGAGAUUUCAGAGGAAGAGGAUUCAAGUCAAGGUGGAGAUUUGUUGAUGUGACUUGAAUCGGACUAUCAGCCGCUACGAGAAGUACUAUAAAUUACUUCUCAUACUCCUCUGUAAUCUGUAAUCUCCUCGAUAUAGUGAAAUUGGCUCUCUCUCGCCCGUGGACGUAGCUAACACACAUCGUGUUAGUGAACUACGUAAAUCGUGUGUCGUGUUUUCGAUUCUCUCUUUCGUAUUCUUGCUUUGUCGAGUCCUGCAAUUUCCCGAUCCGUAGCAGCGCGUUUAUAACAUAGAAGAAGAGCACAAAUUUUGGUGAAGUUCUCAAUGGCAAUGCCAUGGAAACGCAAGCCAAGGGUACGCAAGAGAAUAUGGGUUGGACGUGAAAGAAGAAACAGAAAGGGAAGCUAUACGAGUUGUUGGUCGAAACUGGACGGUGAUUCGAAGAAGCGAAUCCAAACUUUCCAAUUAUUUUUAGACAAUACUUAUAAAUUAUUUUUCAAUAAUACUUUUCAUUUACUAUCUAGUAAAAGUCUUUACUAUUUUGGUGAUCAAUUUCAAAUAUAAGUUAUGUUUCGUUGUAAAAUUGUAACCAAAGUUAACAUAAACUUUUUGUUAAAAAAGUAGUAUUAUAUAUGGCUGAUAUCCAUAAAAUAUGUUAAAUAUUGAUUGUAAAAUGGAUUUUAUCUUACGGUUUCUUUCUUAAGAUGGCAAACAAGAAAAUAAAAAUAUAUUUUAUGUAAGGACAAAUGGUAGCAUAACACAAAUGGCUGGUUGAAAAUGAUAGCUUUAAAUAUUUUCAAUGGGAUGAAAUCUCAAAAUACAUAUGUUUUACAAAAAUCAUAAAAUACACACGUUAUAAUUUUUUUUCCAAAAUAUACAUGUUUGGGUGUCAUUGUGGCUGUCAACUACAGUGAAUGCAUUCACCGCAGCAGACGAACGGUGAAUGCGUCACCGCGGUUAACGGUCGCGGUGAAUGUCUGACCUAACAGCGAAACUUUAAAUGAACGUAAUUUUGCGUUCGGUUAUCCGAUCGUAGCGAAUUUUUUUUAUUCAGCAUAACUUUACAGGAUCUUUCAAUCUGCAAUAAGCCUUCAACUAAAAAAAAUGUUGAUUGCUACCCCGAACAAGCAAUUUUUCGAUUUUGCCAAACUUUGGAAGGUUAUAACUUUUAGCUCCUUAAUCGCAACAUCGUAAUUUUUUUUUUGAUUGCGCAUAACUUUUUAAGAACUACAACUUUACUAGGAAAGAAUUUUUAGAAAAUGAAAUAUUUUUGGGUAUACGAGAUUUUGGGAAUAACUUUACCUUUACUUUUCACAAAUUCACAUCCAUUCCAAAAUUAUUGUUAUCAACAAAGUUGUAGUCCUUCAAAAGUUAUGCGAAAUAAAAAGAAAGUUUCAUGACAUUUGGAUUGCGAAGCACAAAGUUAUGGUCAUCCAAAGUUUGUCAAAAUCGAAAAAUUGCUCGACGGGGUAGCAGACGAAUUUUUUUUGGAUGAAGGCUUAUAUAAGAUUGAAAGAUCUUGAAAAAUUAUAUGGAAUAAAAAAAUCGUUGCAAUCGGAUAACUGAGCGCAAAAUUACGUUUGUUUGAAGUUUCAGUGUUACGUCAUACAUUCACCGCGGCCGUCAACCGCAAUGAAUGCAUUAACCUGCGUAUUUUGGGAUUUUUUUAAAAAAACAUGUUCAUUUUGGGAUUUUUUCCAUUUCCAAUGGUCUAAAUGAUCAAAUAUCUACAUUUGCCAAAUAAAUUGUUUUGUAUACACCAAGAAAACAACCCCUAACGCUAUUGGUGGUAUUUUAGGGUGUCACCAACAGAAAAAAAAUUAGUACUUAGUAUUAUGACACCCAUAGUGUUAUUAUUUUGCUAACAUCAUUAGCAACCAAUUAAAUAAGGAGCAUUGAUAGGG